UUCCACAAGAUGGACGACGAUCUGGCAUUCGAGAAUACUACGGCUUCAAAACCGUCUAGGAGUGCAAAGCAAGGACGCCGAGCUCAGUCAAAGAAUGUGACACCACCAGAUGCACCAGCAUUUGAGGAGGACUCGCCGAGGGCAACAAAACCACAAAAGAAGUCACCUGAAGAUAUGGGUGGUCCUCCAAAGCCUUCAAGGGUGUCUGGCUGGGGAGAAGAUGCUCCAAGGAAAAGCAGAAAAUUGGGAGAAGGAUUUGAACAGUUUGAAGAUGAACGCCUACGCCCUAAAAGUCCAGACAAUGACUCUGAUAACGAAAUCCCUGUGAUACCUGACCUUGAAGACCAACAGGAUGAUGACAUCACCUCAUCCAUUGCAGUAGCUCCAAAUGUGGCUGUGAAUAGAGUGGCUACGUACAGAGAAUUAGACAAUGACCUACUGAGACAGGCUGCUUUUCUGACACUGGAUAAUGAAAUUGACUUGAAGUUACUGACCAAGUCCAUGUCAACAGAGGCCGACUUACUUGAGGAAGACAAACCAUGGGAUUGGGACCGAUUGUUCACGGAGGUCACAUCAGAAAUUCUCAUGCAGAUGGAGAACACUGAGGAACCAGAUGUGUCAGAACAACAGCAAUCCUUAUGAAGAUAAUGGAAAUACAGAAAUAGUAGCUUGUUCUAUAUCUCCACAAGAAUUUGGACAGGGGAUUCCAUUUAACUACUGCCUAUUUCACUGUUUAAAAAAUAUCAGAGAAAAGUGUACAAUAAUUAAAUGAUUUGCAUAUUUAUUCUGCGUGAUCCGUUAACAGAAAAUAUACAUAUCAACAGCAAUAGUACAAUGUACUAACUAAACAUGCUACAAUAAGUUUCUUUAUCUACAUAUCCUGUAUGAAGAUUAACUGAAAACCCUUUUAAGUGUACUGAUGUACAAUGUAAAGUAUCUGUCCUGGAUCUGCAGUGUAUAUGGAUAAUUAUGUGAGGGUGUGUGUACAUAUGUGUGUAUGGAGGGUCUGUGUCAAUAAAGAAAAAACAAAAUA